AUGGGCGUAGUGACAACUACGCCGACCGUCGUCGCGAUCGUAGCAGAGAUUCAAGAGAUUCAAGAGAUUACGAUGAGUUCGGCAGAGAUCGCGACCGCAGAGACCGCGACCGGAGCUACGACCGAGACUAUGACCGGGAUUAUGACCGCGGCCGUGACCGAGACUACGACCGCGAUAGCCAACGCCGGUAUCGUGAUCGAUCUUCUGAGCAUGGAUCACGAGAGAGGAAUGGGGAGAGAUCUUACUCGGAUCGGCGAGACAACGUCCCGCAAACAAGCUUCCAACCCGACUGCGGCCGCGGCUUCGUCUUCCGGCCCCUCCACCCCAAAGUCAACACAAUCCUCCCAGCUCGGACAACUGACAGAUGCCUACCAACGCGUUUCGAAACGACUUCACGAACAUGUGGCCAUAAAGCUGCGAAAGGAGGCGCUCGAGGCCCGAGCAAAAGAAAGGGAAAUCCACCGCAAACAGUUGAAACACAAGUACAACGAGUUCCCAGCCCUAAAGGAUACCAAUCGCAAGGUUGAGAAGAGAGAUCAAGAGGAACUCGCUGCUUUGCGGAAAGAAUCCGAGGCAGCAGGCAAAAAGACACUUGCGGCCACUGAAGCCUUCAUGGUCAUUGUGUUACAGGCCAUUGCGGAACAGGGCAAUGGUCGUGGCGCAGACGAUGUCGGACCUCGACUGACUUCUCUGUUGGAGGCAUUGGAGAAGCGGCUCAAGGGGGACAUCCAAGAUAACAGCAAGAAGGCAACCUCAUUGGAAACCCGAAUGAACUCUCGUUUUGAAGUUUUGGAGAAACAUUUCAGGGAGAAUAUCAGCAAACAGGGAGAACGCAUGGAGCAGUUACAACAGGGACUUUCUACCGAAACGGCUCAACGUAAGGCGUUGGCCAUGGAGAACGAGUCUCUGAGGAACAGGCUUCUUAAGUUGGAGAAGAACGGCGUUGAGAAUGAGUCUCUUAGGACGAAACUUCUCGACUUAGCGAAGACCAGCGCCAAGGCUGAGAACGAGUCCUUGGGGGUUAGACUUGUUGAUCUGGAGAAGAGUGCCCAACUCCUCAAUGCUCAGAUGAUGGAGCACGCGGAAUCGAUCAAGCAACUGUCCAACAAGGAGCCCGCAGCCACAGCUACUAUCACCACCGACGACAACCUCCAAGCUCAGCAUGCGGCAGACAUCCUGCAACUGCAACAGAAGUUGGCAGACCAUGACAGUAAACUUAGACAGCUGUCACUCGACCAGCUCGAUGUCCAAAACCAAUAUGCGACAGGAAUUGUUGAUCUAAGCCAGGUUGUGGGCAACCUGAAAGAGGAUGUGGAGGCUCACAGCCAGGCGCUUGGAAAUCUCGCCGAAAUAGAUCGCGAUCUCAUCAGCGAAACCUGCGAAGAAGUUGGAAAGAAACUCCCGCGACUCGAACAGAUCACGACAAAACUCGACAAGGACAUGGCCACCCUACGAACGGACGCCACUCGACUGCGGACCGAACUUCAGCAGCUUGAGCCGAAGGCAAUGGAAGCCCUGGAGGGUCGUAUAUACGAACUCAGUACGGGUAUGAGCGAUCUCCAGUCCCGAACUGACAAGACGGAACGCGAAUCAGGAGAUAUACGCCUGGCACACGAACAACUGAAGAACGAUCUGCUGGAAAAGCUUCAAACGCCAACGAGGCAGUCACCAACGGAACCACCGCGCCCAGAACCUGUCGCAGAGCAAGUCGCGUCGAGCAUAGCAGAGCUGCAAUCGGCAGUUGGCAAUGCACGAUCUGAUAUCAAAGAGCUCCAGUCGACCAUGCUGAAAAGGCCAUCUGGGCCAGAUGCCAUCGUCACAAUGUCUAAACUCCAGAGGCUGAAUACCGAGCUGUGCAGCUUGGUCGCUGGUUGGGUUGACGGCCUCAAAAGCGACAUGAAGGUCGUUCAGGGUCAGAUUGCAGACUUGCAAAACCGGCCUAUUCCAGACAAAUUAUCCACGCCAAUCACCGAUCGCAAUGGCUCGCCGUUGGAGACGAAAUGGGAAGAGUAUGACGGGAGAAUUAAGGCGCUUGAGGAGGUAACAGAACCCUUGGUCCACGGACGCGCAUCGGGCGGUUCUCCGUUGCAGGAACUCGUCUCUUUCAUGGGCGCUACGAGGCCUAUGGUCGACAAAAUGAAGGCGCAGAUUUUGAUGAUUGAAGCAUCCUUGAAAAGUGUGACGGAAUCAAUCAAGCACAUGAGCGAUAUCCAGAACACCGGGAAUGGACGGAUUGAAGAGGUCGAACAGCAGAUGGCAACACAUACGAGCCGCCUCGAGCAGUUCGAGCCUAACCUCAAGGCGAUCGAGCAAAAACUCGACAAGCGCAUGGACCUUGUGCAGCAAGAUUACAUGGCACUGGACGGGCAAAUGAAUAACCUGACGACAGAGAGCCUUUUCCACGCCAUCGUCCAGCAUCUGGACAAGUACCAGCCCUCAGGGGCGCAACUGGGACAAAAGGUCGAAACGAUAAUACAACAAAUGAACCAACACGAGCACAGACUCGUAAAGGUCGAGCGUUCAUCGAGUCUCAGUAGCGAUGAACCUGCAAGCAAGAAGCGAAAGUUCAGUCCCACUGGGUACGGAACGGCGGCGUUAACGAACGGCAAUCAUUAA